GGCAGUAGCGUCCCAACUUCGACCCUGUCCUUCAGCGGCAGCCCGACCUUAUUUCUGAACGAUGACUACGAUGGUGGAAGAGCUCUGCUGCCUUUUCCCACUCCCUUCAAAUCCCCAGGCGUGGGAAUGGGCGUAGGUGGCUGUGAUCUGAGAGGGUUUCCAUUGACUUCGGCGCAGCGGCAGGAAAUCCAGCGCCAGGCUCUGAUCUACAAGCACAUCAUAUCUUCUGUUCCUGUCCCCUCUGACCUCCUCAUCUCCAACUCUCCUCCCUAUCACCUCCCCCCAAAUCUGGUGGCGGGUAGAGGUGGUGGUGGUACGUUUAACUUGAGGUUUUCGAACCGCAUGGAUCCGGAGCCAUGGAGGUGCCGGAGGACGGACGGGAAGAAGUGGAGGUGCUCGAGGAAUGCGGCGCCGGACCAGAAGUACUGCGAGCGCCACAUGCACAGGGGUCGCCCUCGUUCAAGAAAGCCUGUGGAAGUUAGCAAUACCAAACCCACCUCCACCAACGCUCCUCCAACCACGGCAGUCCCGACCAACUCGCCAACCAUCGUCACCACGACCACCACCACCGCAAGCCUUUCUAGGCCGCUUCCAUCUCAAUCCUCUGGCCUCUUCCUCAAGGAUGAGCUUAAGAUUCCAUUCCAAUCCUUGGAACCAAACGAGGAACAACGGUGCCUGGAUUGGAUGAAAGGGAAUAAUGAGGAGAUGGAAUCAAGCUUGCAGUGGGAGCUGAUGCAUUCGAAGAUUGGGUUGACGCAUGGCACCAUUCCUGUUCUCCAGCAUUAUGAGGACCAGCUGACCUUGAACUACGCUGCCUUUCUUAAUCCCGAUCUCUGCUCGCUGGAAGAAAAUGCCGUCGGCAACCGCGGAGAAGCCCCCAGGAGCUUCAUCGACGCCUGGUCCACGGAGACCCCCGCUGCCACCGCCGAAGUUGGCAACUCAACAUCUGUUCCCACCACCGGUGAGCUUCCGCUGUCAACCCUCACGCUUUCCAUGCCCAGCACGGGAGAAGGCACCAAUCAUCAAAUCCAAAUGGCCCCUGUUUCGCCGCUCGGCGGUCCCCUCGGUGAGGUUCUUCAGACGAGCAGUGCAACGUCUCCACGGCAAGGGUUCGGUGCCAAUGAUGGGGAUUCCAGUAGUCGUGGGCUUAUCAACAUUCUGAGCCAUGGUUUUCAUGGCAGUCAUGAGGUGAGCCUCCAAGAGAGUCCAACCAGGAUGGCUUCCUCUCCUUCUGGUGUCCUGCAGAAGGCCUUGGUUUCGCUCUCUGACUGGUAAUAACCGAAGUCCCACUUUCGUUGCUGCCUCCCGGUCCGCGAUUCCUCUCCAGUGGACAAACCAGACCAAGCAGUAGUAUAUUGUGUCCCCGAACCUCGUUUUCUUUUAUGGCUCACAGUUGCUGUUUUCUUGAUUGUUUAUCCUGUUCUCGUCAUUGGUUUAGCAUGCGUCAUCUUGUUGAUA